UUUUGAAAGCCUAACCUCGCUAAGUUAAUGUUGGCAUGGCAACAGAACUGGUUCCCAAAUCUCCAUUGAAAAGUGUUAAGAGCGUAGACUUGGACUAUUUUAAGGGGUUUAACAUUUUAACUGUGUGCUCAAAGAGUGUUGGUGAUGGCGGACAUAGUCGCCGACCUGAGCACUCUGUGUUUUGAGAGCGGGCUCGCUGACGACGAAAAGAAGUUACUUUACCUCCGGGCGCGCUCGGCUGGACUGAUAUUUUGCGGGUGCGAGCACGCAGCUUUCGUGUGUGAGCUCUUUGACUCGCUAAGAUGUGCCAUCAGGAGGCGCACAGCGAAAAUCAGAAAGCCAGUGGCACCAGGAGAGCACGACGACCUCCGCGUGGGUAUACUUGGGUUGGGCCAUCUGGGAAAACAGCUGUGCCUAGCACUUCUUGAAAAGACCAAAAUCAAACCCUCACAUAUUAAGAUCUCCACUAGGAGACCAGAGUUAGCAGUGGAAUUUGUCCAUACAGAAGUUGAAUGUUUCUUUGACAAUCGCAGACUGGCAGCAUGGGCGGAUGUUCUUUUCCUUUGCUGUCUGCCCUCUCAAAUCCCAAAAGUCUGUGUUGAUCUCCGCUCUCAUCUGGCAAAACACUGCCUUGUGUACAGUUUCACCUCUGCCAUUCCCGUCACCAGAUUAGCUAAGCUUCUUGGACACGACUACAUCCUGAAGCCAAAGUAUGACGUUGUCUCUUGUGACACUGUGGAUGUUUGGCUGUCCUGCAGUCAUGUGGCCUCAGCUUUAGCAGAUCCUUUGCUGAUAGAAGCAUCGUGUCCUCUCACAAUGAAAGGAGGUAUUUCUCUGGGUCUGAACUGGGUGUGUGCGGUGCUGUAUAUCCUGUUGAAUAUCUGCACCUCUGCCAGUCUGGGAUCCAGUGAGGCUCUCCUCUUAAUUAAAUCAAUAUUUAAAGAAAAAUGUGGAGACACUGUGCAAUUAAAUGCACACAGUUUCAUCAAUUCAUCCUAUGCAUCUUCUCUUCUCUCAGAUGAGCCUUUUCCCUGGAUUUCACUUAUGGAUGCCCAGAUCAGGGAGACCCCGCUGCUGCGCUUUCUAUCAAGCAGUAAAUCUGUGCAACAGUGCCUCUCUGCAGCUUAUAAAUCCCAGAUGGAGACACCAGCAAAGUGACACACUGAUCAGCCACAGCAUUAAAAUCACUAAUACGUGAACUCAGUCUCUGUGAUGGAAAAAUCUGCUGGGGAACCAUGUCUCAUUUUGAAAGAAUACAUAACAAUACGAAAAAUUAAAAAGUAAAUAAAAGUCUGUUUAGCUUUUUGUGACCUGUCUUAAAUAAUGAGGCUGGUCAGUGUGCUUCCAAUUCAAAAUUUGUAUUACUGUGUUACAUUUUCAAUUUUGAAUGAAAAUCAUUUUAUAACAUGAAGGACUCACUAAAGUUUGUGAAAUGUAGAUAGGUUUACUUCAGAUACUUUUAUGCAGUACAGUUACAGUGCUAUGCAAAAGUCUCAAGCUUAAUAUGUUUUUUAUUUUCUCUAUUAAGCCACUUAACACUGACCUAUGAAACAUUAAAGCAUCAAAAAAUGCACUCAUGGAUGAACAAGUGUUGUCUCUAUACAGCACAGGCGACUUGGGAAAGAACCAAUUUUAAGUUGUAUCUGUAGCUACUUUGGUGAUGGCAGCCUCUUGCAAAAAACCUGGACCUUCAUCUACUGUUCACUGCAGCCUUGUCAGUAAAGAUCUCAGUGGAAAGACUUCUGUCAAGAAGCCUAUCUUAAGGAAAAUGGGGAGAAACAGCUGAAGUAUACCAAAUUACACACCAAAUGAACUGAAGACAGGUCCGAUGGAGUAAUGAAUCCAGAUGUGACAUACAGAGGAGAUUGGGGUGAGGUACAACAGUGAGUGUCUACAGCCAUCUGCAAGACACGGUGGAGGCAGUGUCAUACUUUGGGUUGGCAUUUAAGCCAGUGGUGUUGGGGAUCUUGUUGAAAUUAAUGCAACAACAUUAGGUUUGAUUGCCAAAAGCUUCAUUUUUCAGCAUGACGAUGAUCCCACAUGCACUGCCAAUGCAUUAAGAGCAUACUACGCACAGGGGAACACUGCCAGUCAUGGAUCGCCUCCCCAGAUCCUGGACCUCAACAAUAUUGAAACAGUGUGGGAUCAUCUUGACAGGGAAUG